AAGCUUCUCUAGUCUAAGAAGAUCUCACAAUGGAACCAAAUUCCCAUGUGAUCACAGAAUCUCAUGUUACCCAUGGCUUCUCACUUCCACAUGGUCUAAAAAUGACUGGACGACAAUUUACAUUUCCAACUAACAUAUUCCCUAGCUAUUCAGUGAACCCAGUCCCCCACGGUUCUGCAAGUACCUCAUCGCCACAUUAUCCACAAGGUUUCCUAACUUCUCAAGUUCCGACAAAGUCACAAGAAACUUUCAACAAUACAAGGAGGCAACAGAAGCACAGAGUGUUCAUUGAGGAUCAAAAUCUGGUACUGCAAGAACAUUUUAAUAAAUGCAAAUUCCUGAAAAAGGAGGAAUGCAUGGAACUAGCCCAAAGAUUUGGCUUGGAUGAGCACCAUAUCAAGAUCUGGUUCAAGAACAGGCGCGCUAAAGUGAAUCAGAAAAAGGGCCAAGGACAACAUUUGAAUCUGGGUUGUGGAUCACAGGAGAUAUAUGCCUCCCCAACUGCAUCUGACCCUCAUGACCCAUCAAGCAGUGAAGAUUCCCCGUGCCACAACCAAUCAAGAAUCAGCUGGGCUCCGCAACAUAUCCCCUCAAGUAACUCUUUACAACAUGAACCUGAUUUCUCCACUGUUGAUCACAAGUUUGAGAAGAAAUAUUUCUGUAAUAGUUCAACUAGGGAGAUGCAGCAGAUGCCUGGGAAACUCAGUCACCAACCAGAUGGUAGGUGUGGACUUCCCAAAGGUUGUGUCCCUUUUGAAGGGUCAGCCAAGUCAGAAUCUAUGUGUGAGAAACCAUCAGCUGUCAGUUUUCAAAAUUUAUCCCUCCAUUUGAGUAUUGCCCAACACACGGAAUCCUUUUUGUCCAUGUGUCAGCGACAAUCACUUGUGACCACUCCACCUCAACUCAACCCCUUGAACAAUACACUAGACCAGACAUCGAUUUUCUCCAAAAUUGAUCGGGCCUGUGAGGCAAUUAACAAGAAGAGGAAGAGAUCCAUAGAAGAGGAUCAGCAGAGCAAGAAGGCUAGAGAUCAUUCAUGGAAGGGAGGCAUUGAUUCCAAUGCUAAGUCUUCCUGUCCAAAAGACACUGUCCUUCUCAUGGCCUCUGCUUGUGGGGAUUCCAGGUUACAGAGACAGUUAUGUGUCAGUUCUCAUCCAGCAGUGUGCCACUCCAAUACUUCACCAGACUCAGGGACCAUUCUUUCCAUGAUGGAGAGCACAUGCAGAGUUAACUCUCCUCCUCCACUCAAUCCAAGUGUUUUCCCAGUACCCGAAUUCUGUUUUCUCCAUUGA